AACUAAGAUGAAUUGAGUUCUAUCAGUCUGGAAAAGGUUAUAAAGCCAUUUUUAAAGUUUUAGGAGUCCAGAGAACCACAGUGAGAGCCAUUAUCAACAAAUGGCGAAAACUGUGAUAAAUGGAACCAUGAAUUCUGCUGUCUACCAAGAAAUCCUGAAAGAAAAUGUCCGGCCAUCUGUUCGUGACCUCAAGCUGAAACAAACCCGGGUUCUGCAGCAGGACAAUGAUCCAGAACACAACAGCAAGUCCACUUCUGAAUGGCUGAAGAAAAACAAAAUGAAGACUUUGAUGUGGCCGAGUCAAAGUCAUGACCUGAAUCCGAUUGAGAUGCUGUGGCAUGACUUUAAAAAGGCACUUCAUGCUGGAAAACCCUCCAAUGUGGCUGAAUUACAACAAUUCUGCAAAGAUGAGCGCGCCAAAUUUCCUCCACAGCACUGUAAGAGACUCAUUGCAAGUUAUCGCAAACACUUGAUUGCAGUUGCAGUUGCUGCUAAGGGUGGCCCAACCAGUUAUUCGUUUUAGGGGGCAAUCACUUUUUCCCACAGGGCCAGGUAGGUUUGGAUUUUUUUCUCCUUUAACAAUAAGAAGUUUCAUUUAAAAAACAUUUUGUGUUCAGUUGUGUUGUCAUUGACAAAUUCAAUGAGUUUGAUCUGAAACAAGUGUGACAAACAUGCAAAAAAGAAAUCAGGAAGGGGGCAAACACUUUUUCACACCACUGUAUUUCUUGAACAUGUACUGCAGGUUUGUAUCUGUGUUGAGUGAAUGGUUGUUUCCCAGCAUUUACAUUGACAUCAGUUAUCAUACUAAGUGGCUGUGAAUAAUUGAACUGGAAAUUCUGGUUGGAUGCAGUUUUUGAAAUGCAGUUUUUAUCUUUUUAAUGACAUGUUUGAGUGCUCUCUGAACAAAAAGUUUUUCAAGUUUUAUCGUGGAAUCUAGCAAGACCUGUGGUCACAUUUAACAAUGCAUUUUCACUUUUUUGUGUUUAAUGGUAGUGGUUUAAUGGAGGGUUGCUACCCUCAGCUCAUCAAGGAAGUACAUGCUGGUUUAUUUUUAUCCCAGUCUCAGGCUCUCAUGCUCUUCGGGUCUCUCCGCCACACCCUCUGCCUCUCUCUCUCUGGUUCUCUUGCUCUCUCUGUGCUUUUGUCGCUAAUACAGGAAGACUUAGUGAAAGCAUAGCAGAUUAACAUGACAAACAGGAGAGCGAGCAUGGCUGGAUAGAUUACUUCAGAUUUUACAGAACAGCCUCGGCCUGGGGAGGUGGACCAUUGGGUGACCAUCAUCACAAUUUGGCUGCUGUUAUGUCUUCUGCACUGACAGCUGACCUUCGAAAUUCGAGCUCACUGUCAGAGAAGACCACACACAAGGCACUGGUGCAAUCACACAUUCAACAAUUACAUCCCAGAAAAUGGAUUUCUUUUUCCAACGUCGUAUCCAUCGAUGGCAAAAGAGACAGAAGUACCCUGCUGCCGUCUGUCAGCCCGGUCCUGCAGUUCCGACCAGUAAAGCCAGGAGGCGUUCUAGUAUCGGCCUGCCCUCUGUGGCGCUACGAGAAAGCAGACGCUCCACUAUUGGCCUACCCCCGCUUCCAUGUGAAAGACGUCCAAGUGUUGGCAUUCUGGUUGCCAUCGGACAGAAGCGACAGUCCAUUGAAGAUGUGACAUUUACUAACUCAAGCAAAUCAGCUGAAGAAACUGGAUCUGAGAGAGCAGAUCUAUCUACCAAAAAGGAGAGGACGGCAUUUCAAUACAAGUAUAACAAUGCUGACCGUUCUUCCAUAACCUUCUCUGGCAGACAUCGAAGACUGGCAGUGCGAUACCGCCACCCUUCCAAAGUCAAGUCAAUUGAGCCACAUUUGCUUGGUUCCUCCAUGUUACUUGCAAGUGUUGCCCAGAUGGGCAGAUGUGCAAAAGAAAAGCAAAGGGAAGAAUUGGAUGUCUCACUAUGUUCUUGUUCUGGUUCAGAUAGUGAGGACACUUGUGUACAGGAUCUGGAGAGCAAAACUGGUAGAAUUACAGAUGCCAGGCCCACAUCUCAGACACAGUUUACUCAAGCGCUUGUGAUGGAACGCAUGAAACCCUGGCCAUUCCUCCGAGCUCCUCGCUGUCUAAGACGGAACUCCUCCCAUCUCCUCACAGCUGACGCCAUUUGUGGGAGUAGCAAAAUGCAUUAUGGGCUACAUGGUCGCUAUUAUCAUCGACGGUUGAGUCAAGGUCCUCGAACUUCUACCAGCAUCUGUCUUGGUCAGAUGGCCUCCGUAGAUCUGCGAUGUGAUUCCAGGGUACCCCACUCUGAACCUACCCUCCUGAGAAGCAGUUCUUCACAUCUUAGCGGAUCGAGGAAGUUGACAUACUAUGAUCCUUAUCUGGAAACCUGGGAAAACUUCCUAUCGAAAGCAAUAGCAAAAUCUGGCUUGCGCCACCUGCCAUGUGAGCCCAGUACAUCAUCUUUAAACCGACCAGAUCCAGAAGUAAAUAUCCGCAGCACUGUUGACUGGACCGAGUCUGCUCAGUAUGGAGAUCAUAUCUGGUUUGAGACUAAUGCUUCGGGAGACUACUGUUAUGCAGGAGAACAGCACUGUAUUGCCAGAGCACUGCAAAAGUCAGUCAGCCGGAGAAAGUGUGCUGCCUGCAAGAUAGUCGUCCAUGCAGUGUGCAUUGAACAACUGGAGAAGAUCAAUUUCAGAUGUAAGCCAUCUUUCAGGGAAUCUAGUUCCAAAAACAUUCGAGAGCCCAACGUGGUACGUCAUCACUGGGUGCAUCGAAGAAGACAAGAGGGAAAAUGUAAACAAUGUGGCAAGGGCUUCCAGCAGAAGUUUGCUUUCCACAGUAAAGAGAUUGUUGCCAUUAGCUGUUCCUGGUGCAAACAAGCGUACCACAACAAGGUCUCCUGUUUCAUGUUGCCCCAAAUUGAGGAGGUUUGUCCAAUAGGAGCUCAUGCUGCCCUCAUAGUUCCACCUUCAUGGAUUGUUCGAGUUCGACGUUGCCAGGCGGCCAUGAAGACAAGUAAGAAGAAGAAAAGAACAUCAUUCAAGAGAAAAAGCAGUAAAAAAGCUUCUGAGGAUGGACGACAGUGGAAGCCCUUCAUUAUCCGGGCCAUCCCUUCCCCAUUGAUGAAACCACUGAUAGUGUUUGUAAACCCCAAAAGUGGAGGAAAUCAGGGCACUAAGAUCCUUCAGUCCUUUAUGUGGUAUCUGAACCCAAGGCAGGUGUUUGAUCUGAACCAGGGAGGACCAAAAGAUGGUUUGGAGCUGUAUCGUAAAGUUCAUAAUUUGAGGAUUCUGGCUUGUGGAGGAGAUGGAACUGUGGGAUGGAUCCUGUCCUGCCUUGAUGAACUUUCAUUGAAUCCUCAACCUCCUGUCGCAGUCUUACCACUUGGGACAGGAAAUGACCUUGCUAGGACUCUCAACUGGGGAGGGGGAUAUACAGAUGAACCUCUGUCUAAGAUCCUGUCUCAUGUUGAGGAUGGAGCUGUGGUGCAACUUGACCGGUGGAAUCUACAAGUUGAGCCCAACCACAGUGCAGGGGCUGAGUUGGAUGAGCAGCAAACUGAUAAGCUUCCCCUAGACGUGUUCAACAAUUACUUCAGCCUCGGAUUUGAUGCUCAUGUGACCCUAGAGUUUCAUGAGUCAAGAGAAGCCAACCCGGAGAAGUUUAACAGUCGCUUCAGGAAUAAGAUGUUCUAUGCUGGGACAGCAUUCUCAGAUUUCCUGAUGGGGAGCUCCAAAGACCUGUCUAAGCACAUCCGAGUGGUGUGUGAUGGGACGGAUUUAACAUCAAAGGUUCAGGAUUUGAAGCUGCAAUGUCUGGUCUUCCUCAACAUUCCCAGGUACUGUGCAGGCACUACCCCUUGGGGAAAUCCAAGUGAGCACCAUGACUUUGAACCACAGCGGCAUGAUGAUGGAUACAUUGAGGUCAUUGGUUUCACCAUGACGUCACUGGCUACCCUCCAGGUUGGAGGUCAUGGCGAGCGCCUGAAUCAGUGUCGAGAAGUAACCCUCACCACGACAAAACCUCUUCCUGUACAGGUUGAUGGGGAACCAUGUAGACUUGCUCCCUCUAUCAUCAACAUCAGCCUCAGAAACCAAGCCAACAUGGUCCAGAAGACCAAACGGCGGACAUCCCUGCAACAUCUCAAUAACCAGCAGCCAGUCCCAGAGAAGCUGCGGCUUCGAGUCAGCAGAAUCAGCAUGAGUGACUAUGAGGCUCUGCACUACGACAAUGACAAAUUACGGCAAGCAUCCAUUCCUCUGGGAUUGAUUGUGGUUCCUGGAGACAGCGACUUAGAGACAUGCAGAGAACAUAUCCAGCGUUUACAUGAGGACUUCUGUUCUAUCCAUUCACCUUCAAGAUGUGUGGGACUGCAGGAGGACACUGCCAAGAUGAAGAAUCUGUCCUCACAGCGAUUGUCCCCAAAGUGGUGUUUCCUUGACUCUACAACAGCUGAUCGUUUUUACAGGAUAGACAGAGCACAGGAACAUCUCAACUAUGUAUCUGAAAUCUCUCACGAGGAACUCUUCAUCCUUGACCCUGAACUGGUGGUGACAAUGACUGUUGGCACAUCGCCAACUGCCGUGCCUGAUCUGGUUCAUCCUUCAUCCAACAUUGCGAACAACGGGGAAAGCAGCUUGAGUCAGACCUCCAAUGAUGUGUUUGUCUUUCCCGUGGCUUCAUCUCUUCCUCUAUCAUCGUCUUCUUCUCCCAAGGUCUCCAUCCUUGAAGGACCCAUCCGAUGCAGUCAACGAAGGCUGGGUCCUAAUGAGAGUCCUCCAGUCGUGGCUGAAGCGAUGUGAUGGUCUGGCCUUCGGAAAAUGAGUUGGAAAGUUGUAACAAAAUAUGAAAUAAUGGAAUCAAAGUUGUUGUUUUCUAUUUAUUUUGGGUUUGUGUGUCACUGGAAAGCGAAGAACAGAUCUGUUGGCAGAUUUAUCUCCAGCUCAGAGAGAAACCUUGUAUUAUUAUUAUUAUUCACUAUUUAUUACUUCUAGCUAGUUAGCCCGUUUGUACAGCACUUUGAUGGACAUGGUUAUAUAUACAGUACAGGUAAAAUUGGCUUUCUGUAGAUUUGAGCAUUAAGAGCUUGUGUGAUUAGCCACAGGUUAUGUAUUUGUGAAUCCAUCCAUCCAUCUUCUAUGCCACUUAUCCUCACUAGGGUCAGGGGGGCAUGCUGGAGCCUGUCUCAGCUGACUUCAGGCGAGAGACGGGGUACACCCUGGACUGGUCGCCAGUCAAUGGCAGGGCACAUAAAGACAAACAACCAUUCACACUCACAUUCAUACCUAUGGACAAUUUAGAAUCACCAAUUAACCUAACAUGCAUGUUUUUGGAAUGUGGGAGGAAACCAGAGUACCCGGAGAAAACAUGCAAACUCCACACAGAGAUGCCCAACAGAGAUUCUUCCCCGGAUCUUCCCCAUCUCCUGACUGUGUAGCCAACAUGCUAACCACUAGGCCACUGUGCGGCCAUUAAAAAAAAAAGUUAACAUAUCAGUAUUAUAUAUUAUUCAUUUAUGUCAUAACUAUAGGGUUUGUGAUUCUCUUUAUUAGGCAAGUCAAAGCAUUUGACAUAUUUAUUUAUAUAUUUAUUUAUUAAUUAAUAGGCGUGUCACCAUACACUCAGCUCAUGAGACGAUACCGGUUCACGAGAACGAGAAAAGACGAUAUUUUAAGAUUACUUUUAAGAAAACAAUGCAGGUACAUUUUGAAAUAUUUUAUAACUUGGCAUGCAUGACAUGCAUGUUUUAACUGUUCAACUACUUUCCACAAAUAAAACUAAAAUUAUAAAAGUUGAAAUAAUGGUGGCAGGUGUAGCUGCUGCUACAAAUCAUUUAUGUUGAUAUGUAGGUAUGUAAAGACACUCGUUAAACAGUUUGCAGUCGGUUAGUUUUACAUUUACGCUAAAAUAACAACAGUUCCCAUGAUGCUUAGAAUGAUGAAACAGUAAGUGGUGCAUUUCCAAUAGUCAUAUACAGCAGUUGCGUUUUUAUUUACAAAUCUUAAGUAACUUUGAUCAAAUGUAGAAUUACUACAGCUUCUGCUUGGACAUUAACACUGCGGUAGCUGUUGAAUUCCCAUGAAAAAAAUCAAACACGUGUCAUGAGCAAAAAAGAGACGCUGGGAACGGCAAGUGCAGGCAGGAUUGUGGUUCCAAUCGUACCUCUCACAAUGCCACUUCCAUAUUACAUACUGUGUAUUAUCAUUCAUAGCAGUGAUGCCAUAGCUCACAGUCUGAUUGGCUUAACUUGGCCAAACUUAAUUUGGCCUAACUUGCACUGCAUAGUCAGCCAUAGAUGAAGUGUUCGACAUGACAGAGAAAAAAAGUUCUCCUUACGUACGGAAUUAGCAUUGUCCUUCCCCACUCAAUUUCAAAUCCUUUCUUAAAAGAAAACUGCACUUUUUUAAAAAAUUUGCCCAUCCACAAUCCUUAUAUGAGACAUGAACACUCAUGUCUUGCAAUUAGCUAAAAAGAGGCUCUAAUUGAUGCACAUAAUGGGACACACCUGUCCGCCUAGAAAGCCCGCUAUUAAAACACCUCCAAAAACCUCUGACAACGUUUUAUAUACCAUUGAUUUAACAUAGCAACAUAGAAACGAACACUACACCUAGCGUUAACGUUUACAAAAACAAAAACACAACAGCAGUGGCGGCAGCUUCAGUAGGUAGCCUUACCUUUCAGUAGUGGGGCAUUGUGAGUGCGGCACUGACGCACUGCGGGCAAGAGUGUGGUGAAGUUAGUCGCUAGCCAGCUCGUAGGUAGCCGGUGUGGUGUGGUGAGGUGUCACUACGGCAUUAAAAUAGUUCUUCGGUGUAACAAUGUCAAUAAUAAUAAUAACAAUGUCGCUAUAGCUUGGUUAAUAUGCAGAUCACAUUAUGUAAAUGGAGAGUUGUUGGCGGUUUUUGGAGGUUUUUUCAGAAGGCUUUAUAGGAAGAAUAGGUGCAUUACGUGCAUUGUUAGCUGCCUCUUUUUAGUUGUUUUUAUAUCUUAAGAAUUCACAGAAAAGAGAAAGACGUGUGUUCAUGUCUCACAUAAGGAUUAUGGAUGAUGGGCAAAUAAAAAAAAAAUUGCACUUUUCCUUUAAGUUUAUAAUAAAUAAAUUAGAGGCUAACUAGUUAGCUCGGUAGUUUGCUAUGCUCAAAGCGGCGGCCGUCUCUUGUGUUCCUAAAGAGAUCCCGUAGCCUGCUUGUAAGAGUUGCGCAAUGUGGUGUAAACAAAGCCAGAAGUAAUGCAGCAGCGUCCAUUAUUUUACUUAUGUACGUGUGCGCCAGAUGCAAGUCAAACUGGAUGCCAACCUCAAUCAGGUGACAAAUGUCAUAAUGAGGAUGGAUGAUAAGUUGACGUCGAUCUUUUCUUUUUAAUGCCAUGCGAUCAACCCAAAGAUACUACAACAUGAAACUUUCCUAAUGCUAUUGUUGAAUUAUGUCUUAUCGCUUAUCAUGUAUACUAUAUUAGGUAAUAUGAGUGUAAAGGUGACUCUAGGGCUGUUAUGUCAUAAACAGGUGUUCUAUGCUCUAACUACAAAAAUAUCCCAUUCAUUAAUAUUGAAUCUUACUUUGUUGAAAUUAUCACAGUCGGGUCUGGAACCAAUUAACUGUGAUAAACAAGGGACGACUGUACAUCUUUUGAGUUCGAAGUCAAAUAUUUCAGUCUACAGCAAAAAAAAAAAGGAAUUGGCCUCACUGUUCCAAUAGUUCUGGAGAGCACUGUAUUAUAAAGAUAACUAACAUUUUAUGCACAUCCAGGAAAGAAUAUAAUUAUAAUAUAUUAGACAUGAGAGCAAUAAGGGGCAUAUUAAACAAUAUUACUGUAUCAACAACGACUAUCCUCAAUUGAUGGAGGUGCUGAACACAACAAAACAGACCAUGUCUUCUCUUGUCUCUGUAAAAUCCUGUGGAUAUUUGUAGGCUUUGUCAGUGGAGUGAUCCUGUUGAGCUUUCAUGUGAUGUGAUGACGUCUUCCGUUGUUCUAAUAACGCCUUCAUCAGUAAUUACUGGAACUAUUGUUUUACUGAAGAAAGUGCCAGUGAUGAACAAAAUACGCAUAAUACUAUAAGUAUUACAUGUCAUCAUGAAUGUACCUGUUAAUACAUGGUCACAGCAUAUAAAACCAUAAAACCUUGUUGGAGGUUUUUGUUUUAAUGGCGGUCUUUGUAGGCGACAUACUGUAGGUGGGUCCCGUUACGAACAGUAAAAGAGAGUUCCAGCUGUCUCUUUGUAUCUGUUUUUAUAUCUUUAGAACAAACAGAAAAGAUAAAGACAUAUGUGUUUAUGUCUCAGGUAAGGAUUGUGGAUGAUGGGCAAAAUUCCCAAAAAAGUGCAGUUUUCCUUUUACUAUCUGCGUCCUGGGACUCCUGGAUGGGAGCUUGUCUUGUUUUGGAAUGGUUAUCAGUUAGCCUGACUUGCUAGCGACAGCCUUACGGCAGUCGUUUCCCAGCUCAUGAUUUCAAGCUGAGAGUGUCAGCAGGCAAUCCUAUGAGCAUGGUAAAGAUCUGUCAUUAGAAAAAGUGCCAUAAUAGUCCCCAACUCCAAUAACAGUGUUAGUCAUCAACAGGAAGUGAUGUCAACUAUAGUUAGCUUUGCUGUAGACCAAAGCUAACAUGGUCUUCAGUCACACUAGGAAGAAAAAGACCACCCUGGAAUUCAGUUGUUCAUCUUACAGAGGAUUGGUCGGGCAUUGAUAAUUUAUAGCAUAGGACUAACAACUUCUCAUUGAAUGGGAAAAUAAUUAGCAGGAAGGUAUUACAGAAACGCUGUUCUUUAUUAUUUCUUCUAUUUUCACUUCCUGUGAUGGCCUUGUGUCACAACACCUUAUAGUGUAUGUAAACCUGGGCUACUUAACCAGUCCGUGUUACCA